AUGUGCGUGGCUUUAAGCGGCGGAGGCGCUGACGUCAGCCCACACCGCGCACCGGGCCGGGCCGCAGUUAAAAUUAGCCCGGCGCUGGCGCUGGCGCUGGCGCUGGUGCUGGCGCAGGCGGCCACCGCCCGGCCUCCGCGCGCCGCCCCGGGUGCCCGAGGCAGCUCCGCGGCCGGCGCGCCGCUCGCACUAUUGUUUAGCUCGGCGGCCGCGCCGCCGCCCGCCAGUUCGAACCCAACUCCGGGGCGGAGCUCCAGAACCCAAAGCGGCUGCGAGUGUCCGCGUCCGGAGCCUCCCCUGCCCCUCGCGGCUAAACCGGGGACUGCCAGACGUCCCCGCACGCUCGGAAGAGCAGGUUUCCCGCCUCCGCUCCGGGGCCCCUCCCGCUGCAAACCUGCCUCCCAGAAACGAAAUCUGCCCGCUCUGACAGCUCGGUUGAAGGUGAUUGAUGACUAUCUGGAGACCACAGCAGAGGGCGGAGGCUCGAGCGCGCAGGCCAGGCUAGGGCCUCCGCCGCCGCCGCCGCCGCCGCCGCCGCCGCCGCCGAGGCAUGGGGCCAGCCCUCGGGGCGCCUGUGCCCGCCCACCGCUCGCGGACACCCGGGGCGGGGUGUGGGGCCGAAAGGCGCUCUGGGCUCUGGAUAUCCGCGGCGCGCCGCUCGCCAGCCAGCCCCGAGGUCGGCAGGUCACUCCUUCGGGGCCGGUCCUCCCGGUCUCCGCGAAGUCAGGCGGGCGAGCUGCAGGCCAGCGCGUUGAAUCCUGCUCCCGAAACGCCUCCAUCCCAGGUCGGCUCGCUCCAGCUCUCCCGCUGCGCCCCCGCCGCUCGCCCGCAGGGCGCUGCCGGAGCGGGAAAGGCGCGCAGCCGGGGCGUCCGGGAUCAGGCCCGGCGGCCCCGCGUUGGCCCCCGCGCCCCGCGCCGCCCCCACACCCCGUCUCCGCAACUUGCGGCGAACGCCCGGGCCUCGGGAGACCCCAGCGGCUGGCAGCAAACUUUGUGCCCUCCGGCGCGGAGCGAUCCUGGCAAAGUUUGUGCGGCCGAGCCCACUCCCUACCUGCGCUGGGGACGCGCCCGCCCGCGCCGCUGGGGCGCCGGGGCCGCGGGGAGCAGCGCGCAGCCCGGGACGCACCGGGGAGUCGCCGCAGUCGCCGCCGCCCGCGCCCCUCGGCGGCCGCGCCGAGCCUCCGCCUCCCCGGGAGGGGGGAGGGGUCUCGGAGCCCCGGGGCGGGGGCGGGCGCGGGGACCUCGCCUACCUGCGGUGGCGCCCGGCCACUACCGGCCGCCCGCGAGGGCUCUGCGCGGCCGCUCGGCGCGCGCGCUCCGGCGGGGAGCCGGCGACAACUAAUGGAGACAUUUCCAGGCGGAGCACCUGGCGAGCGGAGCGCGCCGGCGUCCCCAGGCGCCGCGGUCGUCAGCCGAGCCCGCACCGGCGUGACGUGGGCGAGCGAGCGCACUGCUCCCACCCGGCCGCCCAUUAACGCUUUCCCCCGCGGGCGCCGCGCGCUUUUGCCAACUUUCCCUCCGCCUGGCCCGCGCGCGGGAGCAGAAAGAGGAGAGCCAGCAGUCCCCGGCUUCCUGGCCCUGAGCUGAGUCCAGAGCUUCUGCUGGUCUCUGGGAAGGACACAGCUCUGGUCCUGGGGUUGCUCUGAAAACAUGAAGCCUCGAUUCGGAGAUAGACUGGUUCUGCAUUCACCAGGGCUUUUGAACAACAGCAGCAGCAGCACACGGGUGAGAAGCAUCAAGGCCCAAGAGGAGCAGAGGGCGACUGGCUGCCCAAGAGGCGCUGCGUCCUCCGGGGGCCCAGAGCCCGGACGGCAGCAUGCGUGCCCUGGAGACAGCACUACCCUGGAAGAACCAAGGGGUGCCUGGGUUCAGGACAGCAAUGUGACCCUGGCCGUCGAUCAGAGGUGCAAGUGGUUGCAGCUCAGAGUGAUCUCGUGUGGACUGACGGCCGUGCCUCCUGUGUCACGUUUUCCUCUCCUGCUCACCCCGCCCCUCAUGAGCUUGGAAGGAGGCCAGGGGUGCAGGAGUUGGGAAGGAUUUUUUUCUCCUUGUGUCAGAAAUGCCAUGUCCUGUUUGUAAUGCUGAAACAUACCCGCACACUGCAGGGAGGUUUCUUCUCUUAAAAGUGAGAGGCUGUUCAUUCAAACAAUGUCUGUAGUCUGUAUGGUUAAACUCGAGACAUUUGCCUACUGCAGGCUGGAAUCACCAACGCCGGGCUAGGGAAUGGAUCCAAACCCGAGGAUGGAACUUCACAUCGUAGAGCCAGUAGUGGUGGACGUCAUGGCCUGGAGUUUGCACGUGAAGGUCCCAACAGAGGGGCAGGAAGGAGGGUCUAGAGAAUGGAAAAAGGAGGGUUGAGGUCUCCAGGGGCAGGAGCUCAUCCUUGGGACUUCAGAAACACUUAACGGCAGGUGGGGGGCCCCCCAACGGAGCCUCACGGGGCAUCCUGCCAGAGCUCGCAGCAGGAAAAGAGCGGGGUAUGCUCUGGACUGCCUCGUUCACGUGCACUGCUCCCUAGAAGUUGCACACAAACGCUACGUUCACAUGUGGACGUUGACGAGAGCCAUUAGCAGAGAAGAGAGGCAGAGGUGUGGGUGCAGGUGCAGCGGGGUUGGCGGCUGUCCCGGUCCCUCAUGAGCCGAGUGCACUGUGACCCCCCCCUGCACUCCCAGGUGCUGCUCUCGGCCUGAGCUGCCCUCCGAGAUUUGGCAUGAUGACCUCUCCACCCCUGGCCAGGGGUCGGAGGUGUGUGUGGGCUGUGACCGCAGUGCCCUCACAUAGAACCCGCGAACGCAGGGACCCUGUGCCCACGUUGGCUGGUCUGUAAGUGAGGCGCCGAAUUGCCGUGCCUUUCGCUGCCUUGCGAACGCUACUGUGUCCCCUUGAAGGGGAUUCGGGAGAGCAUGCUGCCACCCUGAGCAGUGUCCUCCCGACCCUGGGGGCCUUACAGAUGGUGCCGUAAACCCCCGUGCAGCUGGCGGCGCUCCAGCGGUGACCGGUGUAAAGCACCGGCUUUUAAUUAUUGUGGCGGUAAAUCAUACAGGAAUGUCCUCCAGGACUUAGCUGAUUUUUAUAUAAAAAAACCAUUUCAGAGUAUUUUUGAAAUUCAAUUAAUUGAAGGCCCCAGAUAAAAGGAACACAUUCUUAAUGGCUAUAAAAUAACCCUCGGGGAGGAGAGGGGACCACAGAACUCGACUUCAAAGUGUGACAGAAAUACUUACUGAUUUACUUUAAAAGUAUCCAGAUCAAUGACUCAGUCAAAAUUACUUCUACAUUUAGCAACCUUUUCAUUUUCUGCUUAAAUAUGGCAGAAAGAGACGCUCUUAUUGCCCGUGACACAAAAGGUCCUGUAAGGAACUGUGAUCCCUGAUGCUCAGCGGGACAUGGCACCUUCUCCUCCGCGGGGCUGACCGUCAACAUUCGGGGCUCGGAGACCCAAGUGGAGGAGGUGUGUCCGUGUUCCUGGGCUGCAUCACAAAGUGCCACAAAGUGGGUGUCUCUCUGGGGUCUGGUGGGGAGACGCCCAAGACCAAGCCCUUGGCGGGGCUGGUGCCCCGGAGGCAUGAGGCAGGCCCCACUCCAGCCUCGCUCCGGCCUUGGGUGGCUGCUGGCCACCUGGGGUCUGGACCCAUCGUGCUCGCCUGGCGCUCUCCCCGUGUGUGUGUAUUGGUCCCCCCUCUAAGAGGCACAUGGUUGUCUGGGGUUAGGGCUCACUCUUUCCAGCACAUCCUCACCCAGUUACUCCUGUGAUGACCCUGUUUCCAAACGAGGGCACACUCUGGGGUAUUGGGGUUGAAGCUGCAAUGUGUGCAUUCAACCCACAGCACAGCAGCCUGGGCAGCUGCAUGUUCACCUGGGUUUAUUUCUUCAGAUUGACCCCACCCCCACUGCCUCAUCAGCACUGUCAGGUCCACAGAAGGGAGAACCCCUUCCCCCAGACCAAGAGCACCUCCUGUGUGUCCAUCGGGAAGGAUCACAUGGCACCCUCAUCCCUAACUGCACGAGGCCUCUCAGUCACCCCGGCCCCGGGGCAGCUGAGGGGAGUACGUGAGAGCCAGUCCUCUCCUGUCUCCCUCCUGUAUUUUAUCACCAUCGGGCACAUUGUAUCAUUACUUCAUUUCUUUGUCCUUAUUCCCUCCCCUCCUGCACUAGAAUGAAUGCUUCAGGCAGGUUGUUUUGUACGUAGUAGGUGUACAGUAAACACACAGUAGGGGCUUGGUGAGUGUGGAGUUGACGAGGACGUGUGCACGGCAUUCUUCAUAGAACAGCAGAGUAUGGAGGCACCAUUGGGAGGGCUCUUGCACCUGGAAGGCCACAACUGUUCGUGUAGGGGCCCUGAUGGAGCAUCUCCCAUGUCCCAGCCCUCUGCGGCAGGUUUCGGGAUGUGCCAGCACACGGAGGGAAGAAACCCAUCAGCCCUGCUGGAGCAUACUGUCCUCAGAGAGGGGCAGAUGGGACAGUCAACAGCACGAGUGAAGGCAUCACUGAAGGAGCAAACUAUAGGCGCCACUGAAUACCCGCCUUGGGUAUCUGCACCACAACGUUUCUGUGGACUCAACACACUAUACUGUUUCCAGCCCUAACUUCUGGGGGGGGGGGCGAUGACCUGCUCUCACUGUGUGGUGUUUCCGUCUGGCUGGCUGCACUUUUGCCGGCCUCCAGAACAUUGGGCCCUUUUGCGGACCUCCCUGGGGUUUAUUCUGAUGAACUGGCUGAGCAGCGGCAGCCCCGUGGUGACCACAUUCUCUGAACUUUGGCUCUCCCAAGGUUUUACCAAAGGCUUGUAUAGUCAUAGGAGGCACUGUGGACUCUUCCCAGCGUGAUUGCUCUGAUAUUUCUGGUUCACAGCCUGCUCCAUUUUGCCUCUGGUCAAGGGUUGCAAUGAGUCCUUGCUCGCGGCCAGCACUGGGGGUGCCUUUAUGCUGCACACAAGCUCCUUUGCCUGCUGCCAGGGAGGCGCUGGACCUUGUGACUGUCUCUGGCUGGCACAUCACCCUGUCCCCUUCCACCUGCUGUGGCAGAGGGCAGCACCUGAGAUGACAGGGGCUCCAGCCGGGAUCCAUGGAUGAGACAGCCUGCUGACCGAGGCGGACCCACUGUGAGAGUGAGAAUCGGCCAUGGUUCAAGCCACUGGAUGUUGGGAUUGUUUGUUAUAGCAGCACAACCUGUCCUAUCUGGCUCCUACAGUUAUUCAUGACAUUAUAAUUAUGUAUGAUCGUGUGAUUCUGCUGUACAUUAUAUGAUUAUAAAUUAUGACUAUGUCACUAUGUAAUUAUACAUUACGAUAUAAUUUUCUUUUUUUAAGAUUUUAUUUAUUUAUUCAUGAGAGACAGAGAGAGAGAGAGAGAGGCAGAGACACAGUAAGGAGAAGCAGGCUCCAUGCGGAAGCCUGAUGUGGGACUUGAUCCUGGGACUCCAGGGUCAUGCCAUGGGCCAAAGGCAGGUGCCAAACUGCUGAGCCACCCAGGGAUCCCCACGAUAUAAUUUUCAACACAGAGAAAGCAACUAGAAAGAAAUACUGUCUUAAAGGGAAAAUACAGUAUAUGGGCAAAAUAUACAGUGCCACUAAAGGCUGAAGUGGAAGGUGAUGUGUCCGUUAUUGCUGCGUGGGCAGGAGAAAAUAAUGUUUUCAAGAAUGUUUUUUAACUUCCACAUGAAUACUUCCUAUUUGUGAACAUUUCUAGCAGCCACUGGCCCUACUUCUCUGCCCUGUAGGCUCUCUGUAGGACUGCCUAGGUGUCCGCAUGCUGUAGCCACUGGCUGCUUGGACAAGGGUGUCUGGGGGACUUGUCAGCUACUGCACUGACCACCGGUUACAUGGAUCACCAGGACUGUGGUGGAGGGAGCACUGAUGUGACAGGUCUGUGGAACAUACAGAAAAAUAAUGAUGCAAUUGCAUGUUGAAGUUUUAAGGUAGCAGUCCAAAACCAGAGAACCAGAGAUGUUCUAGUGUGGCCCUAAAAAAUCAAAACCUGUUUCUUGUAGUUUAGGGAGAUAAGAAUAUUUAAUAUUAUAAUAUUAAUAGUAAAUAGUAAUAUUCAGUAAUAUGUAUUAUUAUUUUAUCUAAUUUUAAUAAUCAGUGUCAAAUAAUGAUAUUUAAUAUUAUCAAUUGUACUUUUGACUAAAUGGAAGAAAUUGUUUUGACACAGUCAUUUACGUCUCUGUGUAUGAUUUAUGGCUGUGUUCCCAUCACUCCUUUAUCUUUCAGUUUCAAUCUUCCCAUCCAGGCCCCUUUUGAAGUUUGUUUAUCAUAUGGUGUGAGGUAGGGAUCAGCAUUUUUUCUUUUUCCUCUGCAGAGGUAGACACUUUGUCCAUUGUUAUUCAUUAAAUAAUAUGCAUCACUCAUCAAAAUA